GACAAAGUGAGGACGCCGUGGAGUUUCUGAGAAAAGACAACGGUUAUCGAGUGGGAGGAUCCACCAUUGUUGAGUCAGAAAUGGCCAUAGCCGGCACCAUCUCCCUUCCUCUCACAUCCUACCGUCGUCGCUCCUUUACAUCCAGUCGCCUCCUUCGUCCUUCUUCAACCUCCUUAUCUGCUUUCCCUUCCAGUUUGCCUGCACCUCAAUAUUCGUUCAAGUGCCCUAGUUCUCGCAUCAUAGCUUCUUCAACGAGCAUUGAAACCCCCGUCAAAAGCUCGUCCAUUUCAUUUUUAGACAGAAAAGACACAGGGUUUCUUCAUUUCGCCAAGUAUCACGGCCUCGGCAAUGACUUCAUUUUGAUUGACAACAGAGACUCUCUGAAGCCCAAGAUCAGCGCAGAUAAAGCUGUUCAACUAUGUGAUCGUUACUUUGGGGUUGGUGCUGAUGGAGUUAUCUUUGUCAUGGCUGGCACCAGUGGCGCUGACUAUACCAUGAGAAUCUUCAAUUCUGAUGGUAGUGAGCCUGAGAUGUGCGGAAAUGGAAUGCGGUGUUUUGCCAAAUUCGUUGCUCAGCUUGAGAGCUUACGCGGUAGGCAAAGCUUUACUGUACAUACUGGUGCUGGCCUGAUUAUUCCAGAAAUCGUUGAGGAUGGAAAUGUCAGAGUUGACAUGGGGGAACCAAUUCUCAAAGCGUCAGAUGUGCCUACUAAAUUACCUGCAAAUAAGGAUCACUCAGUUGUUAGGGCAGAGCUAGACGUAGAUGGAGUUAUCUGGAACGUUACAUGUGUUAGCAUGGGAAACCCACAUUGUGUAACGUUUGGUACAAAAGAAAGUCAGAAUAUAUUGGUCGAUGAUUUGAAGCUAGCAGAAAUUGGUCCUAAGUUUGAACAUCACAAGGCGUUUCCUGCACGAACAAACACAGAAUUUGUUCAAGUUCUGUCUGGUCAUCACCUGAAGAUGCGUGUUUGGGAGCGCGGAGCAGGAGCAACUCUAGCCUGUGGAACUGGAGCUUGUGCCGUAGUUGUUGCAGCAGUUCUCGAGGGUCGUGCGGAGAGGAUCUGCGACGUUGAUUUACCUGGAGGGCCAUUGGAGAUCGAGUGGAGGGAGGAGAAUAAUCAUGUGUAUUUAACGGGCCCUGCUGAAGUAGUUUAUUACGGAUAUUUACCCCUUUAAUUUGUUGUUUUUGCUGAUAUUUAUGGUUAAUUAAUCCUCACACCUUUCUGGAUUUUCCAGCUCUCUGUAUUAUAAAAUUAGUUCACUCACUUUGUAUUGAUUUCAAUACUUCACUAUUUAGCUUGGGACUGGUUUAUAUUUAUUGUUGUAUUGCAUUGACGGCUUCCUUAGGAAAAUGAAUUGCCGUCUGCAUUUAUUCCAAUAAAUGCGCAUCCUUUUUUACAUCAUAA